AUGAAGGCCUCUAUUCUUUCCAUCGCUUUCGCCCUCUGUGGUGCGGUUAGUGCUGUUCCCACCCAGACCGCUAUCACGAUUCCCACUAGCUCGCCCAGCCCCAGCGACGUGACCGUCUUGUUCGAGGGAGCCGAGGCUGCUUUGGGUAACGUUUCCACUGUGGUCUCUGACGCCAAGUCCGCACUCGAGUCUAUCGACACCGUGGAUCUGCCUGCCGAUGCAGUCUCUGUGAUCUCCAAGGCCGACACCCUUCUGGGCGACAUUUAUACUGCCACGUCAAAUGCUGAGAGUGGCCUCGAGCAUCUCGCUGAGCUUGCUGCUAAAACCAGCUCUGGGUCGUCCGUCACUGUAUCCGACGUGGUCUCCGAGGUUGAGUUUGCUCUGAGUACUAUGUCUGAUGCAGCCUCUGAUGCAGAGUCUUUCCUGGAGAUUAUUUCUUCUCUUUCUGGUCUUCCUUCGGAGGUGUCUACCGUGCUCUCUACGGCUGAAGUUGUUCUGCGUGUUGUUUCCACUAUAACCUCUCUGGCUGAGUCCGCCCUUAAGGGUCUCGCUUCCCUUGCCGCUGAGUCUGGAGUCCCCGACUUCACCUUGCCUGCUCUUCCCACUCCAACUCCAGUCGCCUCGAAGUUCCGUCGCCGCUCUCACUAA